GAUUCAAACGCAUUUCUACCAUGGCUCUCUUUGUAACCUCCACUCUCGCUCUGCUGGUUUGGUUCUCCUCUCUCCUCUUGAUUUCAAUAUGGAAGACAUUCUACAGAACUUGGAAACUUCCUCCGGGGCCUUUUCCUAUUCCCAUCUUUGGGAAUCUUCUACAAUUGGACGUGAGGAACAUCCCUAAAUCAUUUGCCAAGAUGGCCAAGAAAUACGGCCCCGUGUUUACGCUCUACCUCGGCUCUAAGCGAGCUGUAGUAUUGUAUGGCUACGAGGCAGUGAAGGAAGUUCUACUGGAUCAUAAAGAGGAGUUUGCCGGAAGAGCAGAGAUACCAGUGUUUGAGGUUCACAAAAAUUUUGGAAUUAUUUUCAACAAUGGAAACUUGUGGAAGCAAACACGUCGAUUUUCCCUCACGACCCUGCGGGACUGGGGGAUGGGGAAGAAAGGCAAUGAAGAGCGAAUCCUAGAAGAAGCUAAGCAUCUAGUAAAAGAACUGAGAAACACUAAUGCCCUGCCCGUGGACCCCACCUUCAUCCUGAGCUCUGGCCCCAGCAACGUAAUCUCCAGGAUUCUCUUCCAGAAACGCUAUGACUAUAAGGAUAAGGAAUUUCUGAGAAUACUGCACAUGUUCAAUGAAAACUUCUACCUAUUAAGCUCGCCCUGGAUUCAGAUUUACCAGGUUUACCCAACUUACCUUCAUUACUUACCUGGGACUCACCAUAAGUUAAUAAGUAACAUAGCAGAAGUGAAAAAGUUUGUGUCUGAGCAAGUGAAGGAGCACCAGGAGUCCCUGGAUCCCAACCACCCUCGAGACUUAACUGACUGCCUACUCAUCGAAGACAAAAAGAACCCACAGAACGGAUUUGGCAUGGAAAACACCACGGUCACUGUAACUGACUUACUUUUCGCGGGCACCGAAACAACCAGCACCACCAUGAGAUAUGGACUUCUCAUGCUCCUGAAAUACCCAGAGAUAGAAGAGAGAAUUCACCAGGAAAUAGACAACGUGAUUGGCUCCCACCGAAUGCCUUCCAUGAAGGACAGAAAUGAGAUGCCGUACACAGAGGCAGUCAUCCACGAGAUACAGAGAUUCACUAAUCUGAUCCCCCUUAACAUUCCCCACACGACUGACCGGGAUACCAAGCUGAGAGACUUCAUCAUACCCAAGGGCACUACUGUGUACCCGACACUGGAUUCUCUCUUGUACGACAGCAAAGAAUUUCCCAGCCCUGAACAAUUUGACCCAGAACACUUUUUGGAUAAAAAUGGAAAAUUUAAGAAGAGUGAUUAUUUCAAACCUUUUUCUGCAGGGAAACGGAUAUGUGUUGGAGAGGGUCUGGCUCGAAUGGAAUUAUUUUUAUUCAUAACCAGCAUCUUACAGAAUUUUUCUUUGAAAUCUCUUGUUGAUCCGGAAAAGAUAGACUUAAGUCCCACAGCAAUUGGCUUUGGCAAUGUACCACGUUCUUACCAAAUCUGCUUUCUUCCUCAGUAAGGAAUGUGCAGUAAGCAUAUUUUUUACACAAAUAAGCUGGAUGGUAUUCUCACAGAAAACAAUAUUUCUUCUCCCUUUGGAACGCUAAGUUACCUGAGGGCAGAAUCAAUUCUUUUUCAUGUACAUUUAUAUGUGUGUAUAUAAUAAUAAUAAUGGCAUUUAUUGAGCACUUACUAUAGUAAUAAUAAUAAU